AUGGCCAACCUGUUCGGAACCCUGAAUCGCUUCAUCUCCCGUCUCGACUCCGACCCCAACGCCGCCCUCCAAGCCGGCGGCAACCGCCCUUCUCAAUCGUCCCAACAAGGAGGAACAUCCAACCAUUACGGCUUCCAGAUCCUCCGCAACACAAACCCCACCACUCUCCCCCUCGAGCCCUGGUUCGAUUUCAUCAUCGGCAUCAACGGCCAUAAUAUCGACAAUCCGGACCCCCAACUCUUCAUCACAGAAGUACGAAACUGCGCCGGAUCGACCAUCUCCCUCGGUGUCUUCGGGGCCAAGGGGAGUGCGAUUCGCGAAGUCUACGUUUCCGUCCCACCCGCGGACGCACCCUUGGGGAUCGCGCUCCAAUGGGCUCCCUUGAGCGGGAGUGAGGACGUCUGGCAUAUUCUGGACGUGAUGCCGAAUUCUCCCGCGGACGUAGCUGGACUGCUGCCCUAUUCCGAUUACGUGAUCGGAUCACCGGAGGGACUGCUACACGGGGAUGGAGGGCUGGGUGGUCUGGUGGAGAGGUUCAUGAAUUCGCCGUUGCGGCUGUACGUGUACAAUCAGGAAUACGACGUCUGUCGCAUGGUCACCAUCGUUCCGGCGAAGAAUUGGGGCGGCGAAGGUGCUCUGGGCUGCGUGUUGGGAUAUGGUGCUUUACAUCGCAUUCCGGCUCCGUUGACGGAGGGACCAGCUGCUGGGCCGGGCGAGACGCUCUUCUCUACAGACGAUCAGAACAGUCACAACGCUUCGUUGCCACCAACCCAACCGGACGCUACGCCGCAAGGAGGAGACUUCUUCGUCCCAGCGAACAACAUGACUUCUCCAUCGCCAGGUGGUCCGCCUCCUGCGUCAGCAGCAGCAACAGGACCACCUCCGAUGGGCGCAGGAAAACCUCGCAAGGCUCGUGCACAUCAUACCCCGGCGUCAGUAUUGGAUGAUUACUUUGCCGAAGGAGAGCAAAAGAGUCGUGAGCUCGAAGGAAGUUCUCCGACGCCCAAGACGACUGGAGGAUUACCGCCACCCCCCAAGGCAGGAAGUGGACUACCAAAGGCUUCAUCUCCGGCUCCACCAGCAGCGACAGAGAAGGAAGGAGACGAAGCAGAAGAUGCUGCCUGA